AUGGGACCGACGAUAGGGUUCGAGACGGCGCUGGUAUUUCAUGAAGGGAAAUCAAAAAAAGAUAAAAAAACCAAGUGGAUCAUGCAUGAAUACCGAGUCAACAACGAGUACCUGAAUGUUCCGAGGACUCCUGAUCAACCUAUGAUGUUGGAUAAGUGGGUUCUCUGCAAGAUAUAUGAGAAUGUAAGGGGCCGGCCAAAAGGAAAGUCGUCGACUGAUGAAAUGCAAGAUAUUCCAUCAAAAACCAGCUGCUUUCCUCAUCAUGAUCAUGCAGAUCAAGGAGGCCGCGCGCUCGCGAUUAUUUCAUCUCCACCACGCACGUUGUUGCCCAUAAAUCAAGUUCCUCCAGUACCUAAUAAUUAUGAUUUGAGCAAUGCGCUUAACUCUUCAUGUCAGUUUGAUCAGUACUACUCCGGACAGAUGAUCUCAGCAUUUGGUGAACAUGAUCAUCAUCACGAUCUUCGGCCUAUAGCAUUCGAAAAUACCGGGCUGCAUAAUUAUGCUAAUUUGGCGGAUGAUCCGUUUUUCAACACUAAUAUAACGAGACCGGAUGAUCAUCAUCAUCAUCAUCGUGUAUUUGCAGCUCCAGUACCAGCUUAUUCGGCCAACUCUGCAUUUGAUUGGUGUGAUAUUGAUGAUGAUCGGCGCGGCUUUCAACUAUCAGGUCCUGCAUUUAAUGAUCCAGUACUCGAUUAUGUUCCACUCGGAAAUCCAGACAACUUUGCUCAUACUGAUGAUGUUUUAAGUAAUUUCUACGAUGCCCGACCUAGUUCUGGGUUCGCUAGUGACCUUGAUCAACUUUUGUCUAUGUUCGAUGCAAGCUGUGAUGAUAAUCAAAACUUUGAUUUGGGGAGUACUGCUCGUGACAACAUGUUUUCAGAGAAUACGGAGGAGCCAGAUCAAACAUCAUGA